AUGUCAACAUCUCCUCCCCAAAAGGCCUGGCAGAGUAGAGCCGCCUCGUCUAUCUCCCGGUUCGCGUCGCGUAGUGCCAAAACACUAGGGGUCAUCAAAAGCAAAGUACCAUGGAUUCGUUCUCUGCAAUUGAACUUCAUUUUCUUCCAUUACAUUUACAUUAUAGGAGUCUCCAUUAUUGGUUCAAUAUACCUCUACCCUGGCGGGCACAUGUCGUAUACUGACGCGCUAUUCCUCUCUGUUGGAGCGGCAACCCAGAGUGGCCUAAAUACUAUUGACCUCAACCUCAUCUCCACCUACCAGCAAGUGGGACUAUGGCUGGGAUCGAUGAUUUCAAAUCCAAUCGUUAUACACUCGUCGGUAGUUUUUAUCCGUUUACGGUCAUUCGAAAAGCGAUUUCAACAUGUUGUACGAGAAGCUAAGUUGCUCAGGCGAACACGUAGCCGGACGAGAUCCAGAGCAGUGACUACCGACGGCGACCAGCAUGAAAUACACAGGGCAGAGAUGGGAGUGCGUGGUCGGAAGAUAACGGUGGUACGAAACAGCGAAGGCCAGGCAUUGGGUCACACUAUUGAGUCCAGCAAUAAAAAGAAACAGGCCGCAAUGCCAAACGGUGGUGAUCCGCACACAGACCAAAAUCCAAGCGAGGUUAGGCAAGCUGCCGUUUUGGCUGAAGCGGCCCCGAUCUGCAUCCCUACAGAUAACCAACCGCAAUCACGACUUGACGAGGACGAUCAACCCACUUCGUUCGUCAAUAACCAGAGGAGGCAAAGUCGGGCGCUUAGGAUCCCCAGUCCCCGUGAAUUUGAUCGAGGGGGAGUGCCUGAAGCAGUUGAUGUGAGUGAUACACUCACUCGAAGGAAAACCUCCCCGUUCGAGCAAGUCACCGAUACCGCACCUCUCCAUCAUUACCCAUCUCCAGGCCAGCACAUUACAAUCGAUGAGCCAAAUACUGUGCACCCGCGCCGAGCAACCACGUUCCCGCCUGUUCAAGCUCGUCCUACAGCCGCAGAUAAUGAAGAUGAGGAACCCACCGCUGCGCAACGUAGGAAGACAAGGAAGGGUACACUGGCAUCGUUUUUGUUCUCCGGGCCCCAAUCGGGAAGCAAGGAAGCCCCUUAUUUGAGCUGGCAACCAACUGUGGGAAGAAACUCCGCGUUCGUGGAUCUCAGUGAACAGCAGAAAGAUGAGCUUGGUGGAAUUGAGUAUCGGGCACUCAAGACUCUUGCCUGGGUCUUAGCAGGAUAUUUCUUCUUUUUUCAUAUGCUUGGAAUCGUUUCUUUAGUUCCCUGGAUCUUGCACACACGCUGGGGUAGAUUUCCCAGAGAAGCAGGCGUCGGGAGACCCUGGUGGGCAGUUUUCAUUUCUGGCUCUGCUUUCAAUGAUCAAGGCUUCUCUCUCACGCCUAACUCCUUGCUUUCAUUCUAUGAUGCCAUAUUCCCGGUGCUUUUACUGACUUUCCUCAUCAUUAUCGGAAACACCGGGUUUCCCUGUAUGCUCCGAUUUAUUAUAUGGGUGUUUUGGAAAAUCUUUCCCAAAGAUACUGCAAUUUCUGAAGAACUUCACUUCCUUCUAGACCAUCCACGGCGUUGUUUCACGCUUCUAUUUCCUAGCAAAGCGAACUGGUGGCUAUUUUGGGUACUGGUUUUACUAAACGGGUUGGAUUUGCUACUUUUUAUUAUCUUGGAUCUUAAUGACCCAGAUGUGACUUCUAUUCCUGGUGGAAUACGAUUUGUCGACGGCCUGUUCCAAGCAGCGGCAACAAGAACGGCUGGAUUAUCCGUUAUAGACAUUACAAAACUUCACCCAGCAGUGCUGGUUUCGUACAUGAUCAUGAUGUAUAUUUCGGUUUAUCCGAUUGCAAUCUCCCUACGCAGAACCAAUGUGUAUGAAGAAAAGAGUUUAGGGAUAUAUUAUAAUGCAGACCCCGAAGAAGAGCAUGGAGACCCAAAUAAAGAACCGAGUUAUGUUGCUUCGCAUCUCCGAAGACAGCUUGGGUUUGAUAUAUGGUAUAUUUUCCUGGGCCUUUUCAUUAUCUCGAUUGUGGAAGGCAGCCGGAUUGAAAAAGACCCCGCGUUCACUUUAUUCGGCAUCCUAUUUGAAGUCGUUUCCGCUUACGGAACCGUUGGUCUCUCACUUGGCUAUCCAAAAGUCAACACCUCAUUCUCCGGGCAAUUCAAGGUCAUAUCCAAACUCGUGAUCAUCGCAAUGAUGAUUCGAGGUAGACACCGUGGCUUGCCAUACAGUGUUGAUCGUGCUAUCCUCCUCCCCUCAGAAGCCUUGCGUGAAAAGGAGCACCGUGAAGCCACAAAUCGCAUGAGACGGCGUAGCUCGGUGAUUAGCGCAGCCAACCCGCCGCCUGAGACUGAUACUUCGAGGGAUAACCGUGGUGUUGCUACGGGAUGGCAGCAUAGCCCAUCCGGUGGCCCAUGGACUCUUGGUGGUCUGAGAUCGCCUCCAAGCGGGCCGACUCCCAGGUUACCUAUUCAUCGCGAAGAGGACGGCUCCUAA